AUGCUCGGGGUUUUCUUGGACGAACUGGGGGCAUUUAAUGAGUCACUGCGGUUCUUCAGUUAUGCUGCUAAUUUGUGCGAAGGUGAUCGAACUACUCUCGAGCUUCGGCAAUCUCUAGCUGUACCAAUCAUUUAUGCUUCUCAAGCUGAAGCGACUUCAGCUUUACGACCUGAAGCCGCGGCAUAUCUUCAGUACACGAUAACCCCACCUACCAUGUUUAUCGGUUACCAGGGUAUCAACGUUCUCCCAAUCCAGCGAGCUAUAAACCAACUUCGAUCUUCGCUCUAUCCAAGUUUAUCGUCUUCGUUCGAUCGGCUCGCGUCCGAUGAUGGGACUCAGAAGCCUCGAAGUAUUGGAUUUAUCUCCACUUGGUUUCGUGUUCAUUCCGUGGGCAAACUGUUGCUUGGAAUCGUUCAAAACCUGGAUCGAAACAAGUUUCACGUGACCAUUUAUCGCUGCGUGCACUUCCUGUCCGACUCCGACGAUGUUACAGAAAAGUUCAAGAGAGCUGCAGAUGAAUACGUCGAGCUACCUGAUAGUCAAGAUGCUGCUGUUACAAUUCUUCGACAGGCAAAACUUGACGUUGCAAUUUUCCCUGAGCUCGGAAUGGACGAGUGGACAGUGCUGCUGUCUCACCACCGCGUAGCUCCAAUUCAGUGCGUCUUCUGGGGGCACCCAAUCACUACGGGGAAUCCGAACAUCGACUACUUUAUUUCCUCGGAGCAUUUUGUCUCCGACCACUUCGAAGACACAGCGGGCGACCUCAAGUUAUCAGACUAUCGCCGGUCGUCGUUCUCCGAGAAAAUCGUCCUCUUUCGCGGCCUCAGCACGAUAUUUACCGAGCCCAAGCCGCUCACCGCGGAAUCGAAAGAUAUAACCCGUUCGAGGCUGUUCCUCCCUGCCAACCGAAGGCUUUACGUUUGCCCUCAGACUUUGAUGAAGUUUCACCCAGCCUUCGACGAGGCUCUUGCUGGAAUUCUAGAGCAAGAUGGUAAAGCAACCAUUGUGUUACUUGCCUCCGGGACCCAGAUCGUCUGGAUGGAACAGCUACGCAGGAGGUUUCGGCAGCGUUUUGGCAGAAACCAUCGGCGAGUAUUGUUCUUGCCAACUCUACCCUUUGCCGAGUUUCAAGCAUUGGUGACACUCGCUGACGUUCUCCUGGACCCGUUCCCGUUCGGUGGAGGCGUCACCACGCUCGACGCACUUCAUUUGGGCAUGUAG